CCUUUCUGCCCGUGGACGCCGCCGAAGAAGCAUCGUUAAAGUCUCUCUUCACCCUGCCGUCAUGUCUAAGUCAGAGUCUCCUAAAGAGCCCGAACAGCUGAGGAAGCUCUUCAUUGGAGGGUUGAGCUUUGAAACAACUGAUGAGAGCCUGAGGAGCCAUUUUGAGCAAUGGGGAACGCUCACGGACUGUGUGGUAAUGAGAGAUCCAAACACCAAGCGCUCCAGGGGCUUUGGGUUUGUCACAUAUGCCACUGUGGAGGAGGUGGAUGCAGCUAUGAAUGCAAGGCCACACAAGGUGGAUGGAAGAGUUGUGGAACCAAAGAGAGCUGUCUCCAGAGAAGAUUCUCAAAGACCAGGUGCCCACUUAACUGUGAAAAAGAUAUUUGUUGGUGGCAUUAAAGAAGACACUGAAGAACAUCACCUAAGAGAUUAUUUUGAACAGUAUGGAAAAAUUGAAGUGAUUGAAAUCAUGACUGACCGAGGCAGUGGCAAGAAAAGGGGCUUUGCCUUUGUAACCUUCGACGACCAUGACUCCGUGGAUAAGAUUGUCAUUCAGAAAUACCAUACUGUGAAUGGCCACAACUGUGAAGUUAGAAAAGCCCUGUCAAAGCAAGAGAUGGCUAGUGCUUCAUCCAGCCAAAGAGGUCGAAGUGGUUCUGGAAACUUUGGUGGCGGUCGUGGAGGUGGUUUCGGUGGGAAUGACAACUUCGGUCGUGGAGGAAACUUCAGUGGUCGUGGUGGCUUUGGUGGCAGCCGUGGUGGUGGUGGAUAUGGUGGCAGUGGGGAUGGCUAUAAUGGAUUUGGUAAUGAUGGAAGCAAUUUUGGAGGUGGUGGAAGCUACAAUGAUUUUGGCAAUUACAACAAUCAGUCUUCAAAUUUUGGACCCAUGAAGGGAGGAAAUUUUGGAGGCAGAAGCUCUGGCCCCUAUGGCGGUGGAGGCCAAUACUUUGCAAAACCGCGAAACCAAGGUGGCUAUGGCGGUUCCAGCAGCAGCAGUAGCUAUGGCAGUGGCAGAAGAUUUUAAUUAGGAAACAAAGCUUAGCAGGAGAGGAGAGCCAGAGAAGUGACAGGGAAGCUACAGGUUACAACAGAUUUGUGAACUCAGCCAAGCACAGUGGUGGCAGGGCCUAGCUGCUACAAAGAAGACAUGUUUUAGACAAAUACUCAUGUGUAUGGGCAAAAAACUCGAGGACUGUAUUUGUGACUAAUUGUAUAACAGGUUAUUUUAGUUUCUGUUCUGUGGAAAGUGUAAAGCAUUCCAACAAAGGGUUUUAAUGUAGAUUUUUUUUUUUGCACCCCAUGCUGUUGAUUGCUAAAUGUAAUAGUCUGAUCGUGACGCUGAAUAAAUGUCUUUUUUU